UUAGUAGCUCGACGGACUGUGGAAUACUAUAGCUCCCAAGUCUUCCACGACAUCUGCUCACUCAACUUUCAUGUUAGUUUGUGUUUUCUAUAUAUAUAUGGGUAUAGUUAUGGAUAUCAUAGGAGGCCGUGCGUCCAAAGCAAUUUAGCUAUGACACCGCUACAAACCCUGCUUCUCCUACUUGUCUUCCAUGCCUUGCUCGCCAUCACCGCCGAGUUUGGCGUGCCCUCUCCGCCACCAGCGCCGGCGCCGGCUGAGCCAAAAACCUGCCCUGCCAAGUGCGGGGAAGUAGAGAUCCCCUACCCAUUCGGCAUCGGCACUGGAUGCUCCCUGUCAGACGACUUUGCCCUGACGUGCAACGAGACGACGAGCCCUCCGAGCCUCCUCACCGGCGAAGCCAAGGUCGCCAGCAUCACGCUGGAGACGGCGCAGAUGGUGGUCUACACCCACCUGACCUAUAGCUGCGACUUGCCGAUCAACAGCACUGCGACCAGGCACACGACCAGCAGUAUGGCCCUCAAUGUCGCCAAACCCUUCCUGCUCUCGCCGUCCGAGAACGUGUUCACCGCGGUCGGGUGCAGCUUGACGGCAAGGAUCAACGGCCGCAGCGACAUCCCCUACCUCACCGGCUGCAUCACGACGUGCGCCAGGGUGAACGACACCGGGGACGACGGCACGCCCUGCAGCGGGCACGGCUGCUGCCAGGCCUCGCUAACUCCUAACCUCACCCAAGUCAGCGUGGAGUGGGAGAUCAGGCGAGGCAGAAGUCCUGUGGCUGAAAACAUGUGCCAGUACGCUUUCGUCGCUACCAAAGGCUGGUAUAGUUUCAGCAAAAAUGACCUGAUUGGGAAUAUGACAUUCCUCACUAGAUUUGGAAGCGGCCCUGUUGUUCCAGUUGUUCUUGACUGGGCAAUUAGGGAUGGAACAUGCCCGUCAGUGCCACAUGGUGGCAACAGUGAGAAUGUUUCCUACGGCGCUUGUGUUAGCACUCAGAGCUAUUGUGUAAAUGCCAGCAAUGGAACACCCGGCUAUUUCUGCGAUUGCUCCAAGGGAUACACUGGCAACCCAUACAUAAAAAACGGAUGCACAAAUAUUAAUGAGUGCGAGCUACGGAGAUCUGCAAACUCGACAAUUUACAAGAACAUGUAUCCUUGCCAUGAAGGGACAUGCCAUGAUACAGAAGGCGAUUAUGAGUGUAAAUGCAAUCUUGGACGAAAAGGUGAUGGUAAAAGUGCCAAGGGUUGUGAACUCCUAGUGUCCUCGGCUGGAGUAGCAGCGAUAGGAACAAUCAGCGCAACCGCACUACUCGUUGUGCUACUAAUAUUCUUAUACAUGGAACGUGAGAAAAGAAAGUUGAGGGAUCGGUUCAAUAAGAAUGGUGGACAAUUACUCAAAAGUCUGAAGAUAGAGAUCUUCACGAAGGAGAAGCUUGACCAUAUCACAAAUAACUACUGCUACAUCAUCGGCCAAGGCGCCUUCGGCAAGGUCUACAGGGGAACCACCGGCGCAGGAGAUAGUUCAAGGGUCGCUGUGAAAUGUUCGAUCCCCAUCAAUGAGGACUGGAAGAAGGAGUCCUUCGCAAAUGAGAUCACGAUCCAGUCCAAUAUCAGCCACCGGAACCUGGUCCAGUUGCUAGGGUGUUGCGUGGAGACGGAGGUGCCCAUGCUGGUCUAUGAGUAUGUGUCCAGGGGGAGCCUCCACGAUGUGCUCCAUGGCGAUGAUAAGGUCCCUCUUCCUCUAGAAACACGCCUAGAUAUCGCCAUCUACUCAGCGGUUGCCCUCGGGUACAUGCACUCGGAGGCGAGCCAGAGGACAAUCAUCCUCCACGGAGACGUGAAGUCGGGCAACAUCCUCCUGGACGAGGGAUUCACACCCAAGGUGUCGGACUUCGGGACGUCGAGGCUCAUGUCGAUCGACAAGGACCACACAAACUGGGUGGUCGGUGACAAAAGCUACAUCGACCCCGUAUACAUGAAGACCGGUCUCCUCACGGAGAAGAGCGAUGUGUACAGCUUCGGCAUCGUACUGCUGGAGCUCGUGACCCGGAAGAAGGCAAGGUAUGACGGGAACCAUAGCCUGCCGAUGGAUUAUGUCAAGGCUUUCAUGGGCGGGGCGGUGAGGGAGAUGUUUGAUCCGGAGGUGGCGUCUGGUGGGGAGGAGGACGAGGGGUGCCUCGAGGAGGUGGGCAAGAUCGCGGUGCAGUGUCUCGAGGAAGACGUGGAUGACAGGCCCGCCAUGAGUGAAGUGGUGGAGAGACUUAAGACAUGUAAAUGUCGGUGGUUGGAGGGCGACAGGAAGACGAAUAAGAUAUCUACUUAGUAUUAUUAUUAUUGUGUUUUACAGAUGGCUUGUACCUUUUCUUUUUAGUAAUUAUACAGUAGCUACUAUGCAUGCUUGCGUGUACCCAGAGUUGAACUUUGUUUCGUGUAUCUGUGUAGACAGGUUCUUUCUUGUAGACGUACUACAGUUUUGAUCAGCUACUGUACAUCGAAUGUUUUGCUAAUGGAAAAUGUUAUUUUACCAACGUUGCAAAUCUUGUCUUACAGGCGAACGCCCAACAAGCCCAAGUUUUAAGGGUUUUGCUAAAACUCAUUCAGAUGAGAAAUAGAUUGGUCGCAUUCACUUUUCCAACCGUCAAGGAUCAAGAUGCGCCGCGAUUCAGGUUUGUCGACGUGGAGAGCUUCGCAGCGACCUGUGUGCGACCCAUCUGGCUUUCGCUAGCGGCACAUUCCUUGUUUUUUUUUUGGUCUUUGCAAGUCUGGCCCGGGAGGUUUUCUACACGGAAGCCCAGGCCCAAGUAGAAUAUACGAGGCACCCUGUUUUCUGUCAUCGGCUACUGGUGCGGGAGAUCGGCAGCGGUGGUGUUUCGAAGUAAGGAAAUCAACUGAUCCAUAGAGGCGGCAGAGCCGUUUGUUCUUCUUUCUGUUCCUCUCUUUUCUUGUUGUUUGUACAGAUUUGUCUUCUAGGGUUUCCGUAGUGGUGGUAGUUUCUAAUCAGUUUAGUACAGGGGUAUGCAGGGGUUAGUUCAGAUAUGAGAAAUGAUUCACAUGUCUUUUUGUUGUUUUUGUGUGUGUGUGUGUUUUGU